CUUGUCUCUGCUGCACCUUAGUGGUAUAAUCAGCUAUUGCAGGUGUAAUGAUUUGCAGGUGUGAGCAUGGUGAUACAUAAAUACUCUGAGCUUCAGCCUGGGUUUUCCCCCUGGUGAUCUCCUCAGAGAUGUUUCGGAGCCUGUUUCUCACCAUUGUGUGUGGAUUUGCAGCGGCCGUUAUCAAUUCGGAACUGGAUGAACACUGGGCACUAUGGAAGAAGAUGCAUAAUAAAGUCUAUUCUCACCAGAUUGAGGAGUUAGGUCGCAGGCGGAUAUGGGAAGAAAACUUGGAAAUGAUUAAUGUCCAUAACCUGGAAACCUCCCUGGGCUUACACACCUAUGAGCUGGCAAUGAACCACCUGGGAGACCUGACCACUGAGGAGAUCAUCAGCACGCUGACGGGUACUGUCGUGCCCUCUGACCUGGAGAGGGUUCCUUCCAAGGUCAAGGUCAACACAUUGCUACCACCAUCAGUGGACUGGAGGAAUGAAGGCCUGGUAACAGAGGUCAAAAAGCAGGGUUCUUGUGGCUCUUGUUGGGCCUUCAGUGCUGUUGGCGCUCUGGAAGGGCAACUCAAGAAGUCUACAGGCGUCCUGGUGUCCCUCAGUCCUCAGAACCUGGUGGAUUGCUCCGUGAGAUACGGCAACCACGGGUGCAACGGUGGCUUCAUGACAAACGCAUUCCAAUACAUCAUUAAAAACCAAGGCAUAGCUUCUGAAGCAGCCUACCCCUACAUUGGCAAGCGUCAUGAAUGCAAGUAUAACCCACAGCACCGGGCUGCUAACUGCUCGAGCUACGCCUUAUUACCGGAGGGAGAUGAGUUUGCAUUGAGGGAAGCUCUAGCUAGCAUCGGCCCGAUCUCGGUAGCAAUUGACGCCUCCAGGCCUAAGUUUGUCUUCUACCGUCACGGUGUGUACAGGGACCACACAUGCACCCACAAUGUGAACCACGGUGUGCUGGCUGUGGGCUACGGCACAGAGAGAGGGUACGACUACUGGCUGAUCAAAAACAGUUGGGGUGAAAAGUACGGAGAGGAAGGCUACAUCAAGAUGGCUCGGAACCGACGCAACCAGUGUGGCAUCGCUCACUAUGCUUGUUUCCCCAUCAUGUGAUCAACAACUCAAUUUUUGAAUGCAGCCUACAUUUCUCAACACUGCUUUGGAUAUUAUUUUAAAUAAAUCUUUUGAUCCUCAA